AUGUCUCUUCCCGCAGGCAAGAUCUCGUGGAUCGGAUCUAUCGGUGCUUGCCUUCUCUUUUUCGUCGGGGCUCUGACGAGUUGCUUGGUCUAUGCUAAUACUGUUCGCUGGAUCUUGAGUAUUGGUAUCAUCCUGCAGUUUUUCGGCCUUAUUCCUACUUCGGUAUGCAGGGAAUACUGGCAGUAUCCCCGAGCGCAGGGCGUUUUGAUCGGCUUAGGUCACGGUCUCAUCUUCUGUCCCGCUCUUGCAGUUCUCUCAACUCACUUUGCGACAUGGAGGCCCGCCGAGAUUGGGUUUGAUCUAUGUGGAAGUGCGGUCGGCGGAAGCCUGAUCAGACUCAUCCGAUAA